AUGGCGGCUAAAUCGGACGGGGUCCUGAAGAUGAAGAAGAGCGACGUGGCCUUUACUCCCCUGCAGAACUCGGAGCACUCCGGUUCAGUGCAGGGACUCCACCCGGGCGUCCAGCCCGACUCUGCGGGCACCAGGGAUGGAGACUUCGCUAACGGAGAGUCGCGUUGCUGCGGCGGGAGAGGCUCCAACUCGACGUGCCUUCGCCUGGGUAGGGAGCAGCAGAAAUACACUGUGUGGGACUGCCUGUGGAUAGUAGCCGCAGUGGCCGUGUAUUUGGCCGAUGUGGGCACUGACGUGUGGCUGUCGGUCGACUAUUACCUCCGCCGUGACUACUGGUGGUUUGGCCUGACGCUCUUCUUCGUUGUGCUGGGCUCCUUCUCGGUCCAGCUCUUCAGCUUCAGAUGGUUCGUCCACGAUUUCAGCACAGAGGACGGUGCGGAAUCCGCCGCUGAUUGCUCCCACAUGGACGGGAAUAAGCUGCUGAGCGGCUCGGCCUCACACGGCGACGUUACCGCUCAACACCACCCGGCCACACCGCAGAGACAGGCGUCGACCGCCAGCAAGAACACCACCACCAACAGCACCGGCAGCACCGCGGCGGGCAGCAGGAAAACAUCAGCCUCAUACUCCUUCUGCGUCUGGUUCGGCCAGUCUCUCAUCCACAUCCUCCAGCUGGGACAGAUAUGGAGGUAUCUCCAUACUAUCUACCUGGGCAUUCGGAGUCGUCAGAGUGCUGAGACAGAGCGCUGGCGUUACUACUGGAGGAUGGUCUAUGAGUUUGCAGAUGUGAGCAUGUUGCAUCUACUGGCAACCUUUCUGGAGAGCGCUCCACAACUGGUGCUGCAGCUCUGCAUCAUCAUACAGACACACAAGCUUCAGGCUGUACAAGGUAUGACAGCAGCAGCUUCCCUCGUGUCUCUGGCCUGGGCCUUGGCCUCCUAUCAGAAGGCCCUGCGAGAGUCUCGAGAUGACAAGAAGCCCAUCAGCUACCUGGCUGUCAUGAUCCAGUUCUGCUGGCACUUCUUCACCAUUGCAGCAAGAGUCAUCACCUUUGCCCUGUUUGCCUCUGUGUUCCAACUCUACUUUGGCAUCUUUAUUGUCCUGCACUGGUGCAUCAUGACCUUCUGGAUUGUCCACUGUGAGACAGACUUCUGCAUCAGCAAGUGGGAAGAGAUUGUCUUUGACAUGGUGGUGGGCAUCAUCUACAUCUUUUCCUGGUUUAAUGUCAAAGAAGGACGGACAAGGUGUCGGCUGUUCAUCUAUUACCUAGUGAUACUAGUGGAGAAUGCAGCUCUCAGUGCAUUGUGGUAUCUCUACCGGUCACCUCACACCACAGACUCCUUUGCAGUGCCAGCACUCUGCGUCAUCUUUAGUAGUUUCCUCACCGGCGUGGUUUUCUUACUCAUGUACUAUGCUUUUUUCCAUCCCAAUGGGCCACGCUUUGGGCGCUCACCAAGCGGCCAAGGCCUCGACCUGGACCCCACUGCUCAGUUCUCCACACUACCACCCGAGGGUGCCACCAACUCACUGCGAUCCAACCGGGGAGCCACCACAACCCUGGAGCGUGACAUGGGGAAGUAUUCUGAGCGGGAUGGCUGCAUGCCCGUGUUUCAGGUCCGACCCACAGUGCCAUCCACACCAUCAUCUCGUGCUCCACGCCUUGAAGAGACCGUCAUUAAGAUCGACCUUUGUAGAAACCACUACCCAGCCUGGGAGCGCCAUGUCCUUGACCGCAGUAUACGCAAGGCAAUUCUGGCCAUAGACAGCUCCCUGACUCCUCCACGGCUGCAGUACAAAGAUGAUGCUUUUGUGCAGGAGAGGUUAGAAUAUGAAACUACAUUAUAG